CAAUUCGUCUUCGAAAUAGAACUUAGAUCAGUAUUCGAGUUUCGUCCAAAGAUAAAGAAGUUCCUGUAUUCGUUUAUACUGGCAAAUUAAAUCUUUAACGAUGAUCAAGUACAAGCAUUUGGCAAAAUUUCGGGUACCGAAACGAUUCGUUAUUGUUGCGAUGGUGUUUUUUGGAUACGGUAAUAUUUUCUAUUUGCACACGAAUUUGGCCAUGGCUGUGGUCGAGAUGACAUCUUCGAAAAAUUACUCGGACACGAAUGGUAACGUAGUACAUAUUGAACCAGAAUUCAAAUGGAACUCCAAAGAGAAAGGAUUGGUGUUAAGCACUUUCUCAUACGGUCGUUUAUUGGGCCCCGUAGGGGGUGUUUUAGCUGGCCGUAUAGGUGGAGCCACCCUAUUUGGAAUCGCCAUUAUGGUUACAGCUUUGGUAACACUAAUGACACCCUAUCUACUUUACAACAGCUUUAGUUUAUUUGUGAUCACGAACGUGAUUCUUGGAGUAUUUGAGGCAUUCCAGUACGCGAGCAUUUCACAACUUUGGUCCAGAUGGGCACCUCCUGACGAGCGUUCAAAAUUCGUCUCAUUCAGCGUAAUUGGGUUAUAUGUAGGCAACAUUAUAGCUUUUUUGAUAGCUGGAUGGAUGUUGAACACAUGGGCAUGGCCUUGGCUUUUCUAUGUCAGUGGAGCUGCCACCUUGGGAUGGUAUGGUAUUUGGGUGCUGGUUGUGAGCAAUGAUCCAGCAGAAGAUAAACAUAUAUCGGCAGAAGAACGUGCCUACAUCAAAGAAAAUCUGAAUAGUGUUUCUGCUAAUGAGAAGGCAAGUUGUCUGCACAUUUUCCCUUAUACAUAUGAUUCUGUUUUUCAACUGUUUGAAGUUUUGAACAACUAA